GUUUAGUAAGUUACUGAUCAGGUUUUACUUACUAAACUUGCAUUGUGGCUGACGCCACGAUAUUUCUUCGACAUCUUUGUCAGUUUAGUUCGAGGUAGCAAAUAUUUUACAUCUAUAAUGAUUUGUAGAAACAACUUUAGGCUAGAUUACAGUCAAUGUGAUAAGUCUACUUCAAAUAAUGCGAUACCUGUUUUGAAUUUGUUCAAUGUUUUCAUUCGUAUUUGUAUAGCCUGAGGUCAUGUUUCUAAAAUAUUUUUUCAUGUUCUUUUGUUUUUGUAUUCAUUGUGAACAGAAUGCGCUUUGUUUCUUUGUAUCUGUUUAUAGCUGAGAAAGUAUUGCUGGAAAAGCGAAAGGAAAGACCGGUACAAUGGCUUUUUCCAAAGGUCUGUGUUUGUCGUCAUUGGUUUGCUGAACUUUUUGUGGAUCAGUUUGUCGCUCUGAAUGACUGCGGUCCCGUAUGUUGCACUGAGGAGCGACUCGCGCGAGUGUGUUGUUUGGGCGGAGUGAACCAUUGCUCCAGAGAGGGGGGAGCCUCGACAAUUCAACAAGCAGAAACUAUUCGCUCCAGGCGUUUUCGUCACUUUUGUUGCCGAAUGAUCGUGAUAUGGAUGCUUUGUUUGCUUCGACGUUACAUGUCCUUAAUGUUAUUCGCGGUUUUUAACGAUUUAGUCAGUUUAAAUCGCGCAGAAUAGACAGCUCCCAGGAGUUUAUUUUGGUUCGCACCGAGUGCCAAGUGAAGCGCUACAAUCUGUCCGUCUGUACUUGAGUUGAAGUUUCUCGGCUGAUUUGAGAACUUGUUGUGCACUUUUUAGUGUUUAGGGCUCUGCUGGAUUCAAAUGGAAAACGUACAUUUGGAAAAAUGGUCAUUGAUGAUGCAUUUCAAUACUUUGGAAUACUUUGCAACAACUUUUGAACACGCACAACGGAAUAUUUACCAUUAAAUCAGAAUUUAGUAUCUUUGUAAGACACACUUUAUGGUUUUGGAAUAACACUCAUCGACUUGAAAUCGGAGGGUGUAAAUCCAUCAGUGUUUAACAAUGGAGGGGGAUCAAGUGUCUUCCUCACCCGAGGAGCCGCAGGCGGUCAGUGCCGCAUCGUCGGACAGCUUCUCCCGGCUGUGGACGGACGUGAUGGGGAUGCUGGUGAGUUCGGAGUGGGGGUGGGGUGCCACAGGAAGGCAACUUGUGAAAAGUCCUUCAACCUAAGGGGCUUAAUUUAUUGCAGCUCAUUGUAUGUGCGCGGUGGUCGCGCUUUGAUGCCUAGCGCAUGUUAAUUCAGCCUCUAGCAGCGUCUACCAAAGCCUUUGGGAGAAUCGGAGAUCGCAGCAGAACUUUCUGCUCAAUGUAAACGGGGCUUUUAAGGGUGUGUGGGUUUUAUCCGUUGAGUUACAGUGAGAGAAGUUUAGAAAUCUUCGGGGAAUCGUAUCACAUGGACGGCUCGCUGGGUAACAUCGAUGACCUUGCACAAGAGCACUCGGAGUACUACAACACAUACUUCGGUGACGUCGGCGAUCGGAUGGAGGAGCUACGGAAGCGGCAAGUCUCUCAAGAGCUAGACAUGGAAAAAGCAGACACAAGCUCUGGAUCUUUACAGAUGCGAUCAGACAUCCAGGAAUCAUUUGGCUUCAGUAGUGAAGUGUCCACUCCAGAGACGGAGAGAAAAAUUGCUCUGCACAAGUCCAGCUCUGAGGAUGGAUCAGGAAAGUGGGAUAACAAGAAGAAAAACAAAUCCUUCUGGCAGAACUUCCGAAAGUCGCAGAAAGGGGUCACAAGGCAAACGUCAAAAGGAGAGGACAUUGGCUAUGUGGCCAGUGAUAUCACCAUGAGCGAUGAAGAACGGAUCCAGCUGAUGAUGAUGGUCAAAGAGAAGAUGAUCACAGUGGAAGAGGCGUUGGCACGGUUAAAGGAAUAUGAGAGGAACAGACAUUUGAGCUGCAGUACAGACUCAUCAGAGUGGACUGAUGGACCCAGUCCCACUGUUAACCUCUCCUCCAACUGCAAUUCUGUGGAGCAGUCAGAUGACGAACAGGAGGACUCUGUGAAGUUCAAGAGACUUCAUAAGCUGGUCAACUCAACUCGCCGUGUCCGCAAGAAACUCAUCAAAGUGGAUGACAGCAAAAGGCACGAUUCACAAGAUUCCUUGAGUCUGGAUGCAACUCCCCUAUGUGACGACUUAAACGCACUCUACGCGGGAAUCCACAAAAAGCCGCCUGUGUGCACAGACUCCUCUUUGUCCUCCCUUGCCCAAGAACAGCUCUCUCUGGAUGGAGACACGGACAGUCUGAACACCUCUCCCUCAACCAGCAGCCUUGAGGCCUGGAAACCUGCUCACAAGCUUGUGAAGACCCCCGGCACGCACCCCCACGGUCUUAUCCGCCCGGCGCGGAAGUGCAGUGACGGAUCUGGACUGGGUUUGGCUGGAGGAAGUGGUUCCUCCUUCUCCGAAUUGGAGGGUGCUGGAGACGACAACUCCAAAGUCUCCCGCUCGGCAACAGACGGAGAAAUGCGAAAAGCUUUGUCAUCUAUAUCUCACGGGAGAACGUGUAGCUUCGGAGGAUUCGACCUGUCUAAUCGUUCCCUACAUGUGGUCAAUACAGCGUCUGAGGCGAGCGAGCAGGAGGCUCUGUACAGAGAUGCUGUUAAGUCGCCCACCACAUCCCGCAUCUCUCUAGGGAAGAAAGUCAAGUCUGUCAAAGAGACUAUGAGGAAACGCAUGUCCAAGAAAUAUGCAGGAUCUCUCUCUGAACAGUCCAGUCUAGAUGGGACACCCAGUUGUCCUCAGUCUCCUCAACCAGACACAGACUCUCUGGAGAAACCCAAACUGAAGGCAGGAGGAUCUGUAGAGAGUCUGCGCAGCUCCCUUAGCGGACAGAGCUCAAUGAGUGGCCAGACAGUGAGCACCACAGACUCAUCCGCCAGUAACAGAGAGAGCGUAAGAAGCGAAGACGGUGAUGACGAGGAACCUCCCUACAGAGGUCCGUUCUGCGGCCGGGCACGAGUACACACUGACUUCACACCCAGUCCGUAUGAUUCAGAUUCCCUCAAGCUCAAGAGGGGAGAUGUGAUUGACAUCAUCAGCAAGCCGCCCAUGGGCACGUGGAUGGGUCUGCUCAAUAAUAAAGUGGGCACGUUUAAGUUCAUCUACGUGGAUGUGCUGGCUGAGGAAGAGGAGAAACCCAAGCGAGCGGUUCGCAGGAGGAGGAAGGGCCGGCCGCCUAAACCCAGCUCUGUGGAGGAGCUCCUGGAGAGGAUAAACCUGAAAGAGCAUAUGCCGACGUUUCUGUUUAACGGCUAUGAGGACUUGGACACAUUUAAGUUAUUAGAGGAAGAAGAUCUGGAUGAACUUAACAUCAAAGACCCUCAGCAUAGAGCUGUACUGCUGACUGCUGUUGAACUCCUGCAGGAUUACGACAGUAGCAGCGAUCCGGAACGCAGCGCCCUCUCCGGCUCCCAGGAGAAACUCCCCUGUGAGGGGCGUGGCCUCACGGCCGACUCUCCACGGGACUCUGGUUGCUACGAAAGCAGCGAAAACCUAGAGAAUGGAAAGAGUCGUAAGACAUCACGCCACAGUCGGCGAUCAUCUGGAUUUGAUAGUGGGGUCAUGAAGUCUCCAGACUAUCCUACUCUCCCUAUGACUCAUUCCAUCGAAGCUCUCCAACAGCAGGCCAAGAAAGAACGCAAGUUCCCGAAGACCUUCCUGCCCCGGCCCAUAAAGGGCUUCAGUCUGCGAAACCUCGCUCUCAAGAAGGGAUCCAAAGUAGGACAGACCUCCCGCAUGCCGGUUAGCCGUAGCUGUGAGGAGCUGGAUGACCCCCAGGAGAAUCAUGAUUCCUGGAAGCGUUCACAUUCGUUAGGGGAUCUACAAUGGGAACAGGCCUACGAUAAGAGGAAGGACCACCAGGUGCAGAACAAGAAGCAAAGCAGCAACAAAGAGAAAGUAAAAGCAGAUCCUAUAAAAUCCAAACCAGAGCAGGGUGGAGAUACGUCUGGAAGAGAGAAGAGCUCAGUGGCGAGACCCACUGUUCCCACACAGCUGUCCCUCAGCCCGGUCAGAUCCCUGCCUCCUUUUCCCUCAAACCGUCAACCGGUCUCUGCCCCGACCAGCCCGGCUCCACGAACUCACCCUAAAAAACCACCCGUUCCACCUCCUGUGCCUGCUAAGAAGUCCAAAGAACGUCUGCCGAAUGGUUUGCGCCACCCUCCGCUGGUUCUGUCGGGUUCAGUGCCAAAUACACCAACCCUACCACCGAAACCCAUGGGCUCCCCAGCCACCCCCUCUGAGGGUCCACCAUUAACCCCAGUAUCACCGGGUGAGCCCGGAAGUCCACCAGCUCUUAGUCCACCCUGGUUAUCCGACCUGCCUGGAUCAGCAUGUCCUCAGAUCCACGGAGCAAAAGUUGGCCUCAGCAGGAAGACCUCACAUGCCAAAAUGGUCGACAUGGAGAGUUUACUGGAGGAGAGAAUGCGAUUAGAAGGCAUUGACCUCACAGAAGAGCCGUAUUCUGAUAAGCACGGUCGUUGUUGUAUUCCUCGUCUCUUAGUACAGAGAUACUCAGAGGACUUUCAGCUGCCAGUAAAGGACGUGGCAUCAAGUCUGGAUCAGAUCAGAGUUAAAGAACUGCGCAAGGAGCAUCGCAUGGCCAUUCCCUCAGGAGGUUUGACUGAAAUGUGUCGUAAGCAAGUGUCUCAUGUUCACGUGAGCUCUGUUUCUGAUUGGCUUGUGUCAAUUGGAAUGCCCAUGUAUUGUGCCCCUCUAAUGGCUGCAGGCUUUGACACUCUGGCCCGAGUGUCAUCCUUGAGCGAGGCGAGCGCGAGGGAGGCGGGGCUGAAGGAGGAGAAUCACAUACGUAUUCUUCUCGUCGAGGCUCAGCUAGUCACAGCCAACAGUUCAGUACAGUCAUAAAACAGACGUGAGCUUAUAUAACUGAUAUGAAAUUGAUGAAAGUCAUCUGCCAGGCAGAGGUACUUGCCUGGAUGUACAAGAGCAACAACUGCCCAACUGUUGCAGUAUAUCAAGAAUGAAUUUCCAAUAUCUGUCUUCUGGUAUUCUCACAGCUGUCUGAUGCUUACACAAGUGACUGAUUUGGCUUCCUAGGACUGUUACUGAGGGCUUUUCAACAGAUUGAUUGGCUCGCAUAAACCGCCUGUCGAGAUAAAGCACAGUUUUUUUCAGAGAAUUUAUGCUUUUGUAUGACUUAAAGACUGUUCAAACUCUUUUUUCACUUUUUUCAUAAAGUGUGAAAUUUAUUUGGAAAAAGCUGUAAAGGAAAAAAGUGUUUUUAGUGCUUAUUGAAGGACAUCAAGUAUAGACAGUAUGUCACCUGGCCAAAGCAAUUUCAUUUCAUCCAGGUUUUGUUAAUAUAAUAUUACUUUUGUCUCAAAGCAUAUGUAUAUUAAAUAUGUACUGUAUAUCGAAUGAAAUGUCCUCUUUGGUGAGUCGUGUAAAGGGUAUAUGUAGAAAAAUCUCAAAAGCAUGAUGAUGCCAUAUGGGGAUAGUUAGAAUAAUGCACAUUUUGAGUUCAGGCCAAUGGUUCGCCAUUGUUUUUGCAGGUAUGUAUUAUGUUUGUAUAGAGAGUGAUCAUUUCAUGAUUUCACAUUUUAAAGCAUCACUUUUUAUAUUCUGCUUAACAUAAUACCGUAUAUUCAAAGCACAUGUAAUCUUUUGGCACAGAAUAUCCAAAAACAUGACUUAAUCAUCAGCUACAGGAUAUAAAUGUUUAGUAACGCUUACAUAAGAUCAGUUAUAUAUUGCCUCUGUUAUCUUGAAAUUAUACUGAUGGACAUUGCGUAUUUCUUUACCAUACUCCACUCGUGCAUCAUACAGCUGUAAUAUGCUCGCUGAAGUGAAAUAUGUUUUUCUCCCAGAUUCCCUUGCACUUUGAUCAAGACAUUAAAGAAAUGAUUUUACUUCUAAGCACGCAGUCUUGGCCUUGAAGUACAAACGAAUCAAUUCAAAUCAAGAGACUAGAGAACGGAUCUGACACUAAUGAAUUAAAGACUUCGAUCUUGUUGCCAGGUUGCAAGAAAGGAUGAUGUUGUGGAGUGUUUCCUCCACUUAAGUGGAUAUGUUCUGUUCACAUCCAGUCAAUAGUGCUAAAAACACAAGUAUGCCAUUUUGCAAUGUUUCCUGCUGCCAGAACAUCUAGUAGUACCGUUUUGUGCAUGCAGAUGCACAGAUAUUGUAAAUUCCUCUAAGAUUUUUGUCACAUGAGGUCUGUGUUAACGGUGGGAUGGACAAAUAUUUCUCACACAUCUGGUGUUGGCUGGGAGCGUUCUCUGAGACAGUCAGACAGCAUCUGGCAAACACUUCUCCUAAAAGAAAAAAUGCGCUAUAGCUGACUUCUGUUAGUUACGUUUAAGCAUUCGUAUGAUGUCAUCGCAACCAACUGCUUUAAAGUAUUACAUCACUCCAAGUUAAGCACAACCAAGCAAGUUUUGGGCUAUUUUUGACUGAGCAGACACAAAAGGGAUAAUUUCAUUAGAUUUCUUCCCCCCACAACAAAAAUGAAAUUGUCUUUUUGAAUAAUUGAUGAAGAAUCAUAAUAAUUUUUCUUAUUCUGUUCACUCUUUUGUAUCUGAUGCAGCACAAUUUAUAGACUGUUACCAUUUUUAGGGUUAACAACGGAAUUUAAAAUAACAGAGUCAAUAGAUUCGAUUAUAUCAGAACAGAUGCCUCCAUAUUUGUUUAAGAGGAGGACUUUGAUAAUGAUGCUUUUUAUGUCGUUUAAAAUAUAUAUAAUUUGAUGUUACUGUAAAAAUGCACUUUAUUAAAGAAUGAUUUUUUUCGAUUGCAGAGAAAAUUACAUAACAAAUUAACAUUUUAAUACAGUAAGCAGAUUUGCAUUCAUGUCAUCUGUAAAAGGCUGAGGAGCAUUGUAGCAGUCUCUAACAAAAAAUGUCAAAUUUCCAAUUCUUAAUGAAAAAUUCAUUAAAAAACUCAUUAAAGAACUAACCAUGACGGGUUAAUUAUUUGAAAGAGGGUAAAACUGGGUUGUAAUUACAUAUCUGAAUGAUUAACAGAAGUUGCACAUUCUGUAUAUGUAAUUGAUAUUUAAAUAACUUAUUUUUUAUUUUACAUCAACUGUAAUUAUUAGCUGUACCAUACAUCAUAGAGCAAUACCCUUCCAUCUGGUUAGCCGUGCUUCAAUAACCAUUGUAAAAUAUAUGUAUAAAAAUGAUUUUAUCUGCUUUCAGUUUGCUAAUGAUUGUCUAUAAAAUUUUGCUUGAGUAUUUACAAAAAAUGUUUUAAAAUAUUUGUCACUUUGAGGUGUAAUAAAAAUGAAUAUCCUGGCACCGAC